UCUUUAUGUAUAUAUGUGUGUUUCAUCAUACAUGCUUUCCGUCGUUAUCCAACUCUGCUAGUUUUCCACGUUCUUCUCGCUCUGCGACUUCUUGAAUUUCAGCGCAGCUUCAUGGUUCAGUUCAUGAAAUCCAGCAACUACUCCUUUGAAAAGCUCGAGUUGGAGCUUCACGAUUCUGGGAAUGAAGAACUUUUUGGCUCCCUUCGGAAGCGACCCAAAUUAAAUUCUUCUCCCGAGUGGAAUUCGAACCAUGACUUCGUUCCGGUUCCGCCGACUUCAUGCGAUUCGCUCAACGAGCCAAGCCCGCUGGGUUUGCGUCUCCGGAAGAGCCCGUCGCUUUUGGAUUUGAUUCAAAUGAGACUCUCCAAAGAAGAUAAUUCCAGAAUAGCGGAUGUAAACGAGGAAGAUCGCAAGGUUAUUAAAGCGACGGCAGCGUUGGAUGCUAAGCUCAAGGCGUCGAACUUUCCUGCAUCCAUUUUAAGAAUUGGGACUUGGGAGUGCAAGUCAAGACAUGAAGGAGAUUUGGUGGCAAAGUGCUAUUAUGCGAAGCACAAGCUCGUAUGGGAAGUUCUUGAUGGUGGUCUUAAGAGUAAGAUUGAAAUUCCUUGGUCUGAUAUCAUGGCUCUUAAUGCUAAUUACCCUGAGAAUGGGCCCGGAACACUGGAAGUAGUGCUGGCUAGAAGACCCCUAUUUUUUAAGGAGAUCAAUCCACAACCUAGGAAGCAUACCUUGUGGCAGACAACAUCAGACUUUACUGGUGGACAAGCUAGCAUACAUAGGAAACAUUUUCUACAAUGCCCACAAGGAUUCUUAGGCAAGCAUUUUGAGAAGCUCAUUCAGUGUGAUCAUCGUCUUAACUUUUUAAGUCAACAGCCGAAUAUGGUGUUGGGUUGUCCAUAUUUUGAAUCCAGAAUUGGAGAUGAUUUUGAUAGAAAACGUGAAGACCAGGCCGGUUUCUUUGGCUUGAAGGAUUUAGAAUCAGCAUCUGCAGUUCAUUCAUCUUCCUCAAUAUAUGAACAUAAUCUUCUGGGUAUAGCUGUUGAAAACAAUUCCUCAGACACUUCACCUAGCUCAGUUAAGAACACCCAUGAAACCAAUGGAUUCUGGAAUAGAGAGGCUAAUGCGUCAAGAUUUCUGAGCAAUUUGAGCCAUGUAAAAUUGCCUGGACUUCAACCAUCUAUAUCCAUGACAGAACUAUUGGUCAGGUCAAGGGUCAACUCAUUUUGCAGCCUCCUUCAGAGUUAUCCUUCAACAACACAAGGCCAAUUACCAAGCAACAAAGGUUUUGAAGCACAUAGUGAUGAGAAAGUAAUUGAUAUGAAUUCUACAUUAGCCUCACAAAGCAAAAGUAGUUUGCAAAGUGAUGCUUCUGUCCAUAAGCAGGGAAAUGGCUUUCCCAGGAAGGAAUCAGUUGGGGAGCUUCUUGAUCUUCCAAGAAUAGCAUCUCUGCCUCAGUUUUUGCUUCACAUCUCAGAAGAAGACUCUAGUAACCAAGUUAGAUAGUGAUGAUGCAUUGAUGAUCCAUCAAAGCAAGCUUAGAAGCAUCCCAACAUACACUGUCCAGGAAUUCUUGGGCUCUUGGCAAAAUUACCAAAGGGCCUAAAGUGAUAGGGAAAAUUGGUUAAAAAGAUGGUUGUUUAAAAAUUUUACUAGCAUGAGAACUUGAUGCCUUUUUAUACGCAAAAAGAAGGCAUCGGUACUAUGUGUGCGAAUCGCACACAGACAACAUUGGUGUUUGGAUUCAGGUCCUACUGGCUAAUAAAAUUUCGAAACAGGAACUUUCAAGCAAAAGUGAUAUUACUUGUCAAUUAUAAUGUUAUUUUCGAGUUUUUUGAGCAAUGAGAUUACUUGUUAAACCCUCAUAAACAAUUCUGUCAGUUCACGUUCAAUA